AUGAUGAUUGUUGAGGAACAAGUGGACGUUCGGGGGAGACAAACGGACCGACGGACGGUGAAACCCAACCAAGCAUCGGUCGACGACGACGACGACGAAAUUUCGGCCGCGCCGCCGGAGGGAGAGAGAGAAAAAGAGAGGGUUUUUCUCGACAGAAGAGACGACCCACUUCUUUGAGAUUCUCCCACAGCCGCUGCAGCUCCUCCUCCGGUGUCACCUCUUGAUAAAACGUGCUGACCGUCUCUCUUUCUCCCUUUCUUUCUUUCUUUGGUGA